AUGGGGAAUCAAAUGCAAAAGAGUGUCUCAGAUACGGGGGAUAGGUUGCAAACGAGUUACACGUUUGAGAUAGAUAACUUCUCCGACAAGAAAGCUUCGAUUGUGUCUCCUAAGUUCUUAAGUGGCGGCUGCGAAUGGUAUAUUGAAGUUCUUCCCAAGGAAAAAGAUUGUGAUGAUCACUUGCGUCUGUACCUUUUCGUUCAUAAUCCUCAAUCAUUGCGAAAAGGAUGGAAAAGGAAAGCUAAUUUACGAUUCUCUCUGUUAAACCAAUCCGGAAAAGUUCUCUACAGUGGAACUGAAAGAUCAAGCUUGUUAUUCUGCGCUCAGUUUUCAUCAUGGGGUCAUAAGACAUUGCCUCUAAGCAAACUUAAAGAAGAAGGGUUUCUAGAGAAUAACAAACUGAUAAUUCAAGUCGAAGUAAAAGUAGUUGAAAUUGUUCAUCAAGCAGAGGUAACCGGGAAAGAGAUGUUAUACAUCAACGGUUUCAACGUUCUUUAUACUCAGGUUCAUUCGGUGUCCUGUAUCUUCAAGAAACACCCUGACUUUGCUUUGGAUUUCAAACCAAAGGACAAAGGAGUGAAGACAGCAUACAUGAGUCUUCUCCUCAGCCUCAUCGAGACACUGCGCAAGGCUCCACGGAACUUUUCUCAUGCUGAGCUAAAAAACGCUGAGAGGGAGUUCAAGGAGCUAACAGAAGCAGGCUUCAAGCUGGAUUGGUUAAAGAAAAAGCUUGAGGAUCUUUCCUUAAAGAUGAAGAAUGUAACUGAAGAUUUUUCUCGGGUCGAAAAAUUGGAGGAACGCAUCAUGUUUAUGGAGAAGAAUUUGUCGGAUCUCAAAGCUGAACUGGAAAGUGAGAAUGCCAAAUCUGCUGCUGCUACUAAAGUUUUGUCGUUUUACGACUUUCUUUGA